AUUCCAAACGAUCAUUCCAUAGUGUCUACGUCUCAGCACCCGUCGGUAUGCCUCCCGUUCGACGCUCGGAGCGUUUGAAAAUGCUGAAGCGGACAGCAGCCAAGGUACCUCGCGUUCAGAGUUGUAUGAGCCGCUUCAGCCUUCCUGCGGACUUUCAAGUUUCCUACGGUUGGAUUCUUAAAUUCAUGGACAGACACGGACUGCUCCGCAUGGACAGCGACGUCUUGCAAGACUGCACUGCAGCCCAUGCUGGCCACACUGGUGGUGGGGUGAAGCGUGUUGCCGAAUCUGACUUACCUCGUUCAGGAAGUAAGAAGCUCUUUCUUGACACACAAAGUGCUAGAUCGUGUCGUAAGGUGCGAAGACGGACCGAUUCGCACGUUAUGACUGAGGAACGUCGCUCUGGAGCAGUUAAUCUCAGGGAGCGUACAAAGUGUUCGAGUACACACAAUGCGAAAGCACUGCCGAGCAUUCUUAGGCGACGUCGGCAUCCAGAUGGCACUACACCCGGGCCGGGUUCAUCGACCUCACGGAUAGCGUUUGCUGGAUUAACCAAGGUUGUGCACUGCGACACGGCACGGUGCAAAUCCGACAUUGUUCCUCGUGCAGCUAACGGCACCGGACAGAAAUCCAUGGACGGGAAGAAAAAGAGUCGAACUUCCCAAGUGAGCGUGCUCUCGCACAGUAUUUCUGUAACUUCUCUUGGGGGCCGGGUGUCCGUCAGUCAAAACCAGGUCCAGUUGACAGUAAAGCAGAACCCAGGUCAAGCAAAGAAGCCUGCCUCCUUGAGCAGGACUGGUGCUGCAAUCUUGACAGCCUUUCUGCACGGCUACAUCGCGCGUAAAAAUGCAUUACGGUCACGCGAAGCACUCAACAAGCGGAUUAGCUCUAAAGCACCUUCAAAGCGCAUGUCUCUUCAGGAGUACAUCAGAGAUCACCAGAAGAGGCUGGCGCAUUCCGUGGACAGGAAUCGUAGCAGCACAAGGGAUGCUGCAGCAUCUCCUGUUCCGUCAAAACCUGACCGGUUCCAGACAACAUCAACCAGCAAGGUUCCUCUUGGUCUAGAAGCACUGGGAGGUUCUUUCCAAGCACUCCACCAAUCCUCUAAGCUGCAUCUCAACGUUGCGGACAAGCAAGAUCCUCGCGUGCUUGCUACAGCGCCGAAACAUGAGCGAUUAGAAGGCAUUGUCAAUACCUUAUGGGAGAAGCAGCGUCCAGUGGAUGAAGGAGUAGAUCUCUCAUCUGGGGAGCCUUUUGAACGAUUCCCUCACGUGCACUGAGUAGCAACCAUCAAACGCAUGCUGGGCAAUAACUUGCAGAGGGGUUUUGUGUGGAAGAUUGUAUCGGACGGUUGCUACAAUAUGUCUUUGAUGGUUUCUGUUAUCUCUGUUGCGACGGAUAGCUCUCAGGAGCAUUGGUGUGUUUCACUUUGCACUUGUGUCACAUAUCGGGGAAAUAAAGCAGCGUUUUCGGCA